UAGUCGAGUAUAGUUUGCCGGCUUUGAAUCCAAACGAAUUUUCGUUGCUAAGAUUGAAAAUGGUUUUAUCUUUGAAUCGUUGGGUGGGUAAAGUUGCAGUAGUGACUGGUGCUAGUUCGGGAAUUGGAGCUGCCAUCGUUGAACAGCUGGUAAAGGCUGGAGUUGUGGUAGCCGGACUUGCCAGAAGAAAGGAAAGGGUAGAACAACUGGCUAAAAAACUGAGCGGUGAAAAAGGAAAAUUGGUUGCAGUUCAAGCUGACCUCACCAAAGAACAAGAUAUCAAAGCCGCGUUCGAAUAUGUUUUGAAAAAUCUAGGACCGGUCAAUAUUUUGGUUAACAAUGCCGGUCUAAGUAAAUUUACGACACUUACUGACGGAGACACACAGUUAUGGAAGACCGUCUUAGAUACAAAUGUCCUUGGCCUAAGCAUCGCCACCAGGGAAGCAAUUAAACAAAUGAAAGAAAAUAACAUCGACGGUCACGUGAUUCACAUCAACAGCGUCCUCGGCCACACCGUGAUCAACUAUCCAGGCUUGAAUGUUUACCCCGCAUCCAAAUACGCAGUUACUGCCCUGGCCGAAACUCUGAGGCAUGAAAUAAACAGCCAAAACUUAAAAAUCAAAAUCACGAGUGUCAGUCCUGGAUACGUAGAAACUGAAUUCAUCGAGGUAUCCACAGGAAAAACAGCAAAGGACCUUGGUUUAAAUAGCCCUGGAUUAAAAGCCGAAGAUGUGGCUGACGCCGUGGUCUACGCAUUGUCGACACCUCCUCACGUUAAUGUUUCCGAAGUUACUGUCCGAAUAGUUGGCGAAGCAUUUUAAUUUAACUAACGUAUUUUUAUAAAUUAUCAUUAAAUGGGAAUAAAUAUUUUUUAAAGAA